AUGGGUUUUUCCCAAGACAAUCUGAAAGGCUUGGUGUUGGCUCUUCUUUCAAGUGGGUUCAUAGGUGCAAGCUUCAUCAUUAAAAAAAAGGGCCUCAGAAGAGCUGCCGCCGCUUCUGGUGUUAGAGCUGGUGUUGGGGGAUAUUCAUAUCUCUUGGAACCUCUUUGGUGGCUUGGCAUGAUCACAAUGAUUGUUGGAGAAGUUGCAAAUUUCGUGGCGUAUGCAUUUGCCCCUGCAGUUUUGGUCACACCUCUUGGUGCAUUAAGUAUCAUUGUCAGUGCCAUGCUAGCUCAGCUUAUCUUAAAUGAGAAGCUACACAAGCUAGGGAUAUUGGGUUGUGUGAUGUGUAUUGCCGGCUCCAUCAUAAUUGUAAUCCAUGCACCACAGGAGCCGCCAAUCUCGUCUGUUCAAGAAAUAUGGAGUAUGGCAACACAGCCAGGUGAGAAGAUCCUUGCAUGUACAGUUUUUAGGGGGUUGGAUCUGGUUGAAAGAAUGGCAAGUUCAUGA